GACAGCUCGCAGCGAACGGAAAACAAAACAACACUGUUUACAUCUAUUUUUGCCCUCAAAAGCUGUAUUCGCACACGUUCUAGUACCACUUGCCGCGUAACUCUGUGCCGUUCGGUGAGUGGAUGUAAUUACCGUGCAAUCUAUUAUGCAAAGAAGCAGUUUACUGUAAAGUGGUUUGUUCGAUACCUACAUAUACAAUGGCAAGCGAAAGUCCAACACCGGCCGACUAUUCCACACUGAUCGGUGAGGAUGGCAAGAACAGAACGAACGUGAAAUGUCUUCAUUGUGGUUCGUUGAUUCUGAGAGCGGCCAACAGCGAUUUCGACAGUACAGCGUACGACCUCCCAGUGGCAAAGCAAAAACGCCAAACAGCUGUGGACAAGGAGGAAGUUUUUGCGAGCGAAACGUUGAAGGACUUUUGGAUGGUGAAGGAUAUGUACACGUUCGAAAACAUAGGAUUCAGCAACACGGUCGACAACCGCAAAUAUCUCACCUGUGCGGACUGUGAGCUUGGCCCGAUUGGGUACCACGAUUUGGAAACGAAGAAAUCGUACAUUGCGCUCGCACGCGUUCAGCAUGUGUGAGAUGGGUCGGAUGCGGAGGUAGUAACAUCGCACACGGUAUGGAAGCUGGUCACAAAUAAAAGCCUCAACGGUAAAUAUUUUUCGCCACCUUAUUUAUCUUUAUCUCCAAAGAAUGCAUUUCGGUUGCAGGUCAUUUUCUUUUGAGGGACGGUACGAAAUCAAAAAAUUAAAUGAAUUUUACGAUCCUUUUGCUUGACUUGGAUUUGCCAUCACUUUAUCUUAAAUCAAUGCCGCGAAACGCUUCUUCAGACCAGCUCUUGAAAUCGCUUAUUUUUACUAAGAUAAGUUUAGAUCUGGGCUGUAGAUAAUUUUACUACAAUGUUCCUUGUUUGUACUAACUACGUCAACUUUAUUCAACAGUAAAUGUAAAGAUAGAACAUUUGAGUACUAUGUUUAGAAUAUUUGAUCUUCCAAAACUCAUAAGCCGUCCGUUUGAAAUCAGUAUGUGGGGCAAUAUCGAUUCCUUUAUUAAAUUAUUUCUUCUGCACUAUUUCUAAACAUAA